CUCUUCGCUUCUUCUACCAAUAAUGGCUCAAAAUGUCGCACAACAUUGGAGAGCUUCAAUCCCAACAGAGCCGUCAACUCGCUCAUAUUGGCAUCAACAGCUCGACAGUAAUCUAGAAGCACUAACCGAAGGAGAACUACCGAAAUCUGCGGAUUACGUCAUAAUCGGGUCUGGAUUGACUGGUUCUCUGGUCGCGUAUGACUUAGCUCGAACCUUGCCCACUGCGACUAGUAUCGUCGUUCUGGAGGCGCGGCACGCUGCCAGCGGAGCAACAGGCAGAAACGGAGGUCAUAUCAAACCAGGAAGAAUCGCCUUUUUCAACGAUUGGAAAGAACGCCAUGGGGCUCAAGUUGCUGCUGCACAAGUGGCUUUAGAGAAGGCAAACUAUGAAGAAACUGUGGCCUUCAUUGAACAAGAGCAGUUAGCUGAGGAGGUUGAGCUGGUCCUACUCCAAGCUAUGGAUGUUGCGAUGAAUCAGCAGGCACUUGAGAAGCUCAAAACGGCUUGGGAGAACCUACGUCGUGUCGGUGCCGAUACUAGUGACAUGCAAUUUCAUCAAGAGCCUGAGACGGCAGAAGCUGUGCGGAUACCACAGUGUUUGGCCGCUGUCUCCUAUCCCGCUGCGAGUGUUUGGCCUUACAAACUUGCGACCGCCGUACUACGGAAAGCAAUUGGACUAGGUGUCAAGUUGUACACGUCAACGCCUGUCAAGAGCAUCGAUAAAGCUGUAUAUGAACCCUUCUGGACUAUUCAAACACCGAGAGGCAGCUUGCAGGCAGGGUCUAUCAUUCAUGCUACGAAUGGUUACGCAUCUUCCAUCCUACCUGAACUCACAGACAAGCUAGUCCCCUGCAAGGGACACGCAGCAGCAGCACUUCCUCCAAAGGCCUAUUUCGAAUCUCCCCUUCAGAAUACGUAUGGGAUUCAUUGGGGCGAUGAUUAUGAUUACUUGAUCCAGAAACAUCAUCAUGCACGACCACUCAUAUAUGGAGGCCGAGACCUCGUGGGUAGUGGCGAUACCUUUGUCGGCGUCGGUGAUAGCGAUGAUAGUACGCUCAACAACUCAAUUGCAGAGUCGCUAAGAAAUUUUCCGUUCGAAACAUUCAAAGACUGGAAGUCGGAGGAGAACGAGACUUGCCCAGGGGACACGCAAGUUUGGUCUGGGAUCAUGGGCUUCACCAUAGACGAUUUUCCUUUCGUAGGAAGAGUCCCUGGCAGAUCUGGUCAGUUCAUAUCCGCCGGGUAUGGCGGCUCUGGUAUGGCCCGCGCAUUUCUCUGCUCCAAGGCGCUUUGCCAAUUGAUUCGUGGUGAGGAGGUGGAUAAGAGAAUUCCCUCCUUCUACUUCGAUUUGGAUAAGCGCUGGACAACGCCAGAAACGAUAUCAGCCCAAAUCGCAGAGUGGAAGGCUAUGACAGCUGAAAGCGCUGUUUGAAACCUUGAACUUUAUUGGAUGUUCUCUUCAAUGUCGUUUCGGAAUCAGUCACGCCGAGUUUAGUCCAUAGAUAGAUCUAUCGCAGC